AUUCCGCACUCGACUCGACCCGUUAUCAACUGUACAUCCAACGACGAGCUCAGUAUAGAGCGCCCUUGUCAUCACAGGCAUUUACUACACGAGAAUAAUAUCCACGCCUCCUAUCACGCAGCAUGGCUGAGUCUAGCCAACCGACGAUCGUUGAGCAAGCUCAAGCGGCUGCCACCAAACUGGCAGGCGCAGUGAGCGAUAAGCUCAACAUUGGCGGAACAACUGGUGCAACUUCCGGUGCGUACCAGGCCACUUGUCCAUAUGCUUCUGACAGUGAACCUGACAACAUGAAAGGCUCCUCCACAGUGUACAUCGACGAAAAGACUGGGUCAGACAGCACUGGCAACGGAUCUGAAUCUGCGCCCUUUGCGACGGCCUUGGCAGCCUAUCAAUCUCUGUCCCCGAGUCCAGAACACGACACCAACCCAGGUGGUCUAGCUACUCUCAUGGUCCGCAAGACCGAUGCGGACGGGCCAUCUGAAUGGGUUGAGAUGAGCGCCAGUGCCAAGAAGAAGCUCGUCAAGGGUAUCGAAGGAUGGCGAAAGAAGGAAUUGAAAGCUGCUCAGGAGGGAGAAAAGCUGGCUCUUGCGAGAAAAGAGCAGGAGGAGAGAGACGCAAAGAGGAGAGAAGAAGCUGCAGGUGUGGUUCUUGUAGAUGACGAGAGCAAAGGCAAGGCUACCAGGGUCAAAGUCUACCAGGUUGCGGAUAUGGUCGGACAGCGUGUUCGAAUCCAAGCUUGGGUUCACCGAUACAGACCUCAAUCUAAGCAUUACUUCUUGGUCUUGCGUGACGGAACUGCAUUUGUGCAAACUAUCCUGACAGGGGAUUGUAUCCGCACCUUGGACGCUAUUGAUCUUACGGUCGAGUCCACCGUCGAAGUUGUGGGCAUUGUUGAAAAGGUCAAAGAAGGGCAAUCAGCUCCUGGGGGUGUCGAGGUGGUUGUAGAUUGGUGGAAAAUUCUUGGCAAAGCCCCUGGUGGUAUCGACGCGUUUGAAGGCAGACUUACUGCGAAAACCGAACCAUCCAUCCGUGCCGACUUGCGACACCUUGAGCUCCGAGGUCAGACUGCCGCUUCCGUCAUGCUAUUCCGAGCGAAGAUGCUUCGAGCAUUCCGAGAGGGUUUCGAGAAGCGUCGAAUCAUUGAAGUCACUCCUCCUUGCAUGGUUCAAACAUCCGUUGAAGGAGGAUCGACCUUAUUCGAAUUCGACUACUACGGAUCCAAGGCCUACCUCACUCAAAGCUCUCAACUGUAUCUAGAGACCGCCUUGCCUGCGCUUGGAGAUGUCUAUUGCAUUCAGGAGUCUUUCCGUGCUGAGAAGAGUUUGACCAGGAGACACUUGUCGGAAUACACGCACUUGGAGGCGGAACUGGUCUUCAUCGAGUUCAAGGAUCUCCUUGACCACCUCGAAUCCUUGAUCUGCGAAGUCGUCGACACCCUGCUUGCCGAUCCCAUCGCCUCGGAGAUCAUCAAAACUCUCCACCCCGAAUUCCAGGCCCCCGCUCGACCUUUCCUGCGACUCGACUACCGCGAUGCCAUCAAAUACCUCAACGAGCACAACAUUCUCAAGGAGGACGGCUCGCACCAUGUCGUCGGAGACGAUAUCGCUGAGGCUGCGGAACGCAAAAUGACAGAUCAGAUCGGGAAACCCAUCAUGUUGAUGCACUUCCCUAAAGCUCUCAAGAGUUUCUAUAUGAAGGCUUUACCUUCCGCUCCGGAAUUUACGGAAAGUGUCGACGUACUUGUCCCGGGUGUUGGAGAGGUCGUUGGAGGAAGUAUGAGAAUCGCAGAUCUGGACGAGUUGAUUGCUGGAUACAAGCGAGAAGGAAUCCCGAUGGAGCCCUACUAUUGGUUCACGGACCAGAGAAAAUACGGUACGACUGAACACGGUGGCUACGGACUGGGUGUAGAGCGUUUGCUCGCCUGGCUGUUGAAGCGAUAUACUGUUAGAGAAUGCUCAUUGUAUCCUAGAUACAUGGGACGAGCGACUCCAUAGAGCGGAGCGUGAUUCGACCGGCCCGGAUACAUAUCUAUUUUAGUCAUCAAGCGCAUGCAUCUUGACUGCUAAUCGCGCCUCAUAGAAACUCAAGCUGCCCGCCCAACAACAACAUCGAUAACGGGA